AGGACAGAUGCCACUUGAUACUUGUUCUUCUCUCUUUCCUACACCAUCACUUUCCUUCGUUGAAGUAGGUCUAUAGCACUUUAUCCAGGGCCUACUAGUCAAACUGACUCUAACCCGCCUCCAUCUCCAGACCCCUCCUCCUCCUCUGUCGUGUUCGCCAUGUCUUCCACCUCCCUUUCAUACCUGAAGACAAACCCCCAGAUCAUUUUCUUCACUGAUUUUGAUGGGACUAUUACUCUGGAGGAUAGUAAUGACUUUAUGACCGAUAAUCUCGGAUAUGGAUACACAAAGCGCCGUCAGGGAAACAUUGACGUCCUAGAAAACAAAAUCAGUUUCCGUGAUUCCUUCCGCGACAUGCUAGACAGUAUCAAGACUCCAUUCAAUGAAUGCCUCGACCAGCUGCGAAAGAACAUGCGUCUGGACCCUUAUUUUGCCCAAUUUUAUUACUGGGCCAAGGACAACAACGUCCCGAUCGUGGUUCUUUCUUCUGGCAUGGUUCCAGUCAUCAAGACCCUUCUGGAGACCCUCCUGGGCCACCCGCUCGAUGAUCACCUUACCAUCGUCGCCAAUGAGGUCGAGAGCCGCGAUGGCCAGGACAUCAACUCACCUGGUGGAUGGCAAAUCAAGUACCACGAUGACAGGUAAGAAAGAACGAUUCCGAGUAGUUUUACCUCCGGGGACCCUGACAUCAAAACCGCAGCCACUUUGGCCAUGACAAGUCCCUUGAGAUUAAGCCAUACUCUGCGCUGCCGCUUGACCAGCGCCCAACUUUGCUUUACGCAGGAGA